GCGAAUGGUAUUGGAGGUUUUGAGAAAAGAAAAGUUGUUUGCUAACCUUAAAAAUUGCUCCUUUUGCACAAAUCAAAUUGUCUUUUUAGGGUAUUGGCAUUGGAGCUAUUUUGAUGCAAGAGCAGCAACCUAUUGUGUUUUUCAAUGAAAAAUUGAUUGGUGCAGCACUUAACUAUCCUACAUAUGACAAAGAGAUGUACGCAUUGCACCUCAAGGGACAAGGUAAGUUGAAUAGACGACAUGCUAAGUGGGUGGAAUUCCUUGAGACAUUUCCUUAUGUGAUCAAGUACAAGCAAGGAAAAGAAAACAUUGUGGCUAAUGCAUUAUCUCGUAGGUUCUCAAAGAUGGCACACUUCAUUCCAUGUCAUAAAACCAAUGAUGCAACUAAUAUUGCUGAUCUGUUCUUCAAGGAGGUUGUUCGUUUACAUGGUGUUCCAAGGACUAUUGUUUCUAAUCGCGAUGUUAAAUUCUUGAGACGUUAUCAGCCUUAUUGCGUUCUAUUAUACAAAAAAAACUUGAAGAAUUGGGAAGCAUGUUUGCCGCAUGUUGAAUUUGCUUAUAAUCGGAGCGUCCAUUCAACAACUAACUGUUCACCAUUUGAAGUUGUGUAUGGUUUCAAUCCACUCACCCUUUUGGAUUUAUUGCCAUUACCCAAUGAUGAACGAGCUAGUUUGGAUGGGAAAAAGAAAGCUGAAGUGGUUAAGCAACUACAUGAGAGGGUGCGACAAAACAUAGAGCGAAGAAUUGAGCAAUAUGCAAAUCAAGCAAACAAAGGGCGCAAGAAAGUUGUGUUUGAACCUGGAGAUUGGGUUUGGGUGCAUAUGCGGAAGGAGCGAUUCCCUGCACAAAGGCGUUCUAAGUUGCAGCCAAGAAGCGAUGGACCAUUUCAAGUGAUUGCAAGGAUAAAUGACAACGCCUACAAGUUGGAGCUUCCUAGUGAGUAUAAUGUUAGUGCUACUUUUAAUGUUUUUGAUCUUUCUCCUCUUGAUAUAGGUGACGAUUUGAGGACAAAUCCUUUUGAGGAGAGAGGGAAUGAUGAGAAUCAAGAUGACCCCACAUGUCCCAUGUCAAGAGGUCCAUUAUACAUUCCAGGAGGUCCAAUCACGAGAGCUAGAGCUAGGAAGAUGUGAGAAGCUUUAAAUGGCCUUAUUGAGCAAAUCUGGGUUGAUAACAACAUGCAAGAAGUAAAUCGAAAUUUGGAUGAUUAUCAAGGCAUGAUAAACAUCAUUCAGGUUCAAGAGAAGCUUAAUUGAGGUCAUUUAUGCUAAAUUACACAGUUUGCGUCAAUCUCGUAAUUCUGUCGCAAUUUGUAACAAACUGAUAUUUCAUGU